GCCCGUGCCCGCCCCGCGCACCUGGACGGGCCCCUCCCCUCGCACCUGUGCGGGCCCUGCCCCGGCCCCGGCCCCGCCCCGGCCCCGCCCCGCCCGCGCCCCUCAAAAGCGGCAGAGCCGCGCCUGCCCCGCCGUUGGGGAGGAAACUCGUCCCGGGAUGCGGCGGGAGCGAUCGGCGCUCGGGGGCUGCUCCCGGCGCUGCGCCGAGCCCGGGCCGCUGAGCGGGGACAGCAGCGGAGAGCGAGGCUGGCGAUGGAGCUCGGCAUCGGGACCGACACCGGAGGAUCGGGGUUGGCUUGGGGCUGGGAGGGGGCUCGGCAUCGGGACGGGCACCGGGAACCGGGAUCGCCGCCCGUGCCCCGGCGCCGCGGGCGGGAGGAGCCGCUCCGGGCCGGGCGCUGGGGCCGAGCCCGGCGGGGCCGCUCGGGCCGGGGCUCUGCCGGGGCCCGGCCGGGGCAGAACGGCGGCGCUUUCCUCGGGCAGACGCGGAGCCGGGGCUGGGACCGGCCGGGGCGCGGGGACACGCCGGGCCGGCCCCGGGACCCCCCGAUCCCGCCGGGCCCGCAGCGCCGCCCGCACCCCCCGCGGGAUCGGAGCUCCUCCCUCUCGGGCACCCCCGAGGCCACCGCACCCCCCCUCCACCGAAGAACAUCGCCCGCCUCCCCCUUCCCCGCGGCCCCGGGAGGUUCCCGCUCGCAGGGCCCCCCGGGUACGAGGGGUCUGGGGCCCGCCUGGGUUCCGGCCGCGGGCCCGCUCCGGCCGCGGGGAGCCGGGGCCCUGCCGGGGCAGGGAAGAACGGGGGCAGCCGCUCCCUCGUUCCUUCCGUGCUCCGGGACCCCGAGCAGAGCUGUCCGUCUGUCCCCGUGUCCCUGUGUCUGUCCACAGGCGGCCCCAGGAGCCGGCGCUGACCGUGCCGCGGCUCGGGCACAGGCUGCUCCCAGCUCUGCCUGCGGAACUUCGGCAAUUGCCCCCAGCAGUUCUUUGCCCUGCCAUCCAGAAGGUGCGGCUCAUCUGACACCUGCCAGACGGCGAAGGUCCUGCCUGGGAGGGAAACGGCUACAGCGGAGGAAACCAAGAAACGCUCCAACCGGACGGUGCCGCGCGAGUCAAAGGAGGGAAGAACCGCAGGCAAAUACAGGAUAAAGGAGCCAACCGAGUCGGGAGGGAUCCCUCGCUCCAAGGCAAAGGCGUCGGUCGAGUGUCGCCGCCUGGUCCC